AUGCGCACCCUUCUUCGGCGUGGCCUGCUGGCCCGCCUGGCCAUGGCCGCCGUCGCUGGUGUCACCGUCGUCUUCCUCGCUACGUCAGGCCCGCAACCGGCUGCCGCUGCACCCACCUGGCCCUUGAUGGAUGAGCUCGGCGCAGCCCUCGGACGCUUCCGACCGGGCACGCCCCAGGUUGAUCGCGACACCGCGUCCAACCUGGCUCACCCACCGCCGCCCGCCGCCCAACAGCUGCAGCAACAGCACGCGCCGUCUGACCCCUACUCUUUCGCCCUCGACAGCCCGCAACAGCCCCGCGGCUCGGAUCCCUGGUACCAUUCCAUCGGCUUCUCUGCUGGUGCACACCCUGGCCCCCGCGACGAGACGGUCCCCCUCGACCACCUCGAUGCCUAUGCUGAGCUGGGCAGCCACCCGUGGCUGGUGCCGCACGUGUCUGCGGGCGCCGCUUCGCCACGAUACUACAGCCCUGAUGCAUGGCAUACCACGCCUCCGUCCUCGCCCCAUCACAACUCAGAAGCCCACCGAGAUGCCGCCGUGCAACAUCCUGAAGCCGUCGAUUGGUCUCGUGAUCUGCCCAGCUCUCCUUUCCAGUGGCCAGGAACUACCCAGGUCGAAAUGCAGCAGGCCAUGCAUGCCGACAUGGACGCGCCUCUGCACUCCCAGCAUUCACCACAGUGGGCCCAUGCGGACGUGGCCGGCUCUGCCCCGCCCGAACACGGCCCUGCGCGACCGGUCGAGGCGAGCCGCGCCGCGCAGGCAUCGCUAGACGCGGAGCAGGACCGCCUGCAGGAGCAGGGCGUCUACCUUCUCGAGCACGGCGUGUCCAGGACGUCGAAAAGGUACCGCACCGGCAUGGCGGGCCUCGAGCUGCAGCAUUGGCUCGAGCAAGUCUACAGCGUGCGCAACAGGUUGGCGGCCAGCCCGAGGUGGAAGGGCUACGACGUCAAGGUGGUCGCCGACAGUCGAUCGCCGGGCAACUUGCUUCGGGACACGAGCGUUUCGGCCAAGUUGCGUGGCCAGGGGUCGCCCAGUCCCGGUGCCUUUGCAGAUGUGCUCGACCCGUUAAACGACUUCCAGAUCGGCCAGCACCAGAUCGUCGUAAUCGGCCACACCUGGAAACCGGCAGGCGCCGACCUGGCAAAGGUCAGGUACAGCGUGAUGGCCAUCCCGCGUGCGUCCUGGGAGGGCUCGAUCGCCCUGGGCAAGCUCGUGCUCACCAAGACCGCGGCGUGA